CGUUCGGGUGAAUUUGAUGCUGUGUAAACAUGGCGAGCCUGGCAGAUGUCGGUUGGAAACUCCUGGAAUUCAAAGCCCGAUCAAAAAGAUCAGAUUUGUGAUUUAGCUGAGAGAGACGAUUGGCCUUAAUUUCACCUUUUGAGAAUGGCUGGUUCAGUGGCAGCGAUUGCCCGGGCUCAUCAGAAAGUUCAAAGACUCGGUUCCAUCUAUGAACCUCUUAAGUUGUCCAUUCUCCAGCGUGAGGAUGAGCCCCUAUGGGAAAAGCUGGACCGCUACUACAAUGCUGUCAAGACGACCAUUCUGAACUACCAGAGUCCCACCACAGGCCUUUUCCCAACCAAAACAUGCUCCACGUGCAAAGAGGCCAAGGUCCGGGACUCCCUGUACUGUGCUGCUGCUGCCUGGGCCCUGGCUAUGGCCUACCGACGCAUUGAUGACGACAUGGGACGAACCCAUGAACUGGAACAUUCUGCCAUCAAGUGUAUGAGAGGGAUCCUCUACUGCUACAUGAGACAGGCUGAUAAGGUGGAGCAGUUUAAACAGGAUCCCAGCCCCUCCAAGUGUCUGCACUCCGUGUUUAAUGUAGACACUGGUGAUGAGGUUUACUCCUACAGCGACUACCACCACCUGCAGAUCGAUGCUGUGUCUCUCUUUCUGCUGUACCUGGUGGAGAUGAUCUGCUCUGGUCUGCAGAUCAUUUACAACACUGAUGAGGUUUCCUUCAUCCAGAACCUGGUGUUCUGUGUGGAGAGAGCCUACAGGGUGCCUGACUAUGGCAUGUGGGAGCGAGGCAGCAAAUACAACAACGGCAGCACUGAGCUGCAUUCCAGCUCUGUGGGCCUGGCUAAAGCUGCGCUGGAGGCCAUCAAUGGAUUCAACCUGUUUGGAAACCAGGGCUGUUCGUGGUCGGUGAUAUUUGUGGACCUGGACGCCCACAACAGGAACAGGCAAACCCUCUGCUCUCUGCUGCCCAGAGAGUCUCGCUCCCACAACACAGAUGCAGCUUUGCUUCCAACCAUCAGCUACCCUGCCUUUGCAGUGGACGACGAUGCUCUGUACAGUCAGACUCUGGACAAGAUAGUUCGCAAGCUGCGGGGCAAAUACGGCUUCAAGCGUUACCUCCGUGAUGGCUACCGCACCACCAACGAAGACGAGAACCGCAGCUACUACAAACCUGCUGAAAUGAAGCUUUUUGAUGGAAUCGAGUGCGAGUUUCCCAUAUUUUUCAUCUACAUGAUGAUUGACGGGGUGUUCAGAGGAAAUAAAGCUCAGGUCAAAGAAUACCAGGACCUCCUUGAACCCAUCAUCUUCCAGUCAUAUGAGGGCCACGCUGUAAUCCCCAAAUACUACUACGUACCGGCUGAUUUUGUGGAGGCGGAGCAGAACAAACAUGGAAGCCAGAAGCGUUUCCCUAGCAACUCUGGACGAGAUGGGAAGGUCUUCCUUUGGGGUCAGGCCCUGUACAACAUCGCCAAACUCCUCGUGGAUGAGCUAAUCAGCCCUAAAGAUAUUGAUCCCGUCCACCGCUACGUGCCACGCCAGGACCAGCGCAAUGUCAGCAUGCGAUACUCCAAUCUGGGUCCCAUAGAGAACGAUGUUGUGAUUCAUGUGGCCCUGAUAGCAGAGAGCCAGAGACUGCAGGUGUUUCUGAACACCUAUGGCAUUCAGACCCAGACGCCCCAACAGGUGGAGCCAAUCCAGAUCUGGCCUCAGAAAGAACUGGUCAAGGCAUAUCGUUUCCUUGCCAGCAAUAAGAAGCUGGGGUUGAGUGGGCGUCCAGAGAGGCCAGUGGGCUGCAUUGGGACCUGCAAGAUUUAUCGUAUCCUGGGCAAGACAGUGGUGUGCUACCCAAUAGUGUUUGAUCUUAGUGACUUUUACCUGUCCCAGGAUGUUAUGCUGCUGAUUGAUGACAUUAAGAACGCUCUGCAGUUCAUCAAACAGUGCUGGAAGAUGCAGGGACGUCCUCUCUUCCUGGUUCUCAUCCGUGAAGAUAACAUCAAGGGGAGCCGCUUCAACCCAAUCUUGGACAUGCUGGCCUCUUUCAAGAAGGGCAACAUUGGAGGAGUCAAAGUUCAUGUUGACAGACUCCAGACCCUGAUAUCUGGAGCAGUGGUGGAGCAGCUGGACUUCCUGCGUGUCAACGAGGCAGAGAUCACAGAGUUUAAGAGCUUUGAAGAGCUGGAGCUGCCUAAACACUCCAAGGUGAAGAGACAGACGAGUACACCCAAUGCCUCAGACCUGGAGCAGCAGCCAGAGAUCAGUGUGGAGGAGUGGCUGCACAAGCCCACCAAUGAGAUCAUCCAGAAGUUCCACGACUCCAACUGCCUGGCCAGUCAGGCUCAGCUUGCAGCCAUCCUGCUCAGGAGAGAAGGACCAGACUUCCUUGCCAAAGAUGAGAACCUGAUGGAUGAACUGGAGAGAAUCUACAGGAGAGCUGGCAGCAGAAAGCUUUGGUCUGUUGUCCGACUUGCUGCCAGUCUCUUAACUAAGCUAGUGGACAGCCUUGCUCCCAGUAUUACUAGUGUUUUAGUGCAUGGCAAGCAGGUGACUCUGGGCCUAUUUGGCCAUGAGGAGGAGGUGAUCUCCAACCCGCUGUCUCCAGGGGUGAUCCAGGGCAUCAUCUACAGCAAGUGCUCCCCUCAUGGCGGGGAGCGGGAGGCUGUUCUUCAGCAGGAGCUGGUCAUCCAUAUCGGAUGGAUUAUCUCCAACAACCCAGAGCUGUUCAGCGGCAUGCUCAAGAUCAGAGUCGGAUGGAUUGUCCAGGCCAUGAAACAUGAGCUGAAGAUCCGGGCAGGAGACAUGCCACCGCAGGACAUCUACCAGCUCUCCCCCAGCGACAUCAAGCAGCUCCUGCUGGAUGUCUUGCAGCCGCAGCACACUGGCAGGUCUUGGCUGAACAGACGUCAGAUCGAUGGCUCUCUGAACAGGACCCCUCUGGGCUUUUAUGAUCGUGUGUGGCAGAUCCUGGAGAGGACCCCCAAUGGUAUUCUGGUGGCCGGGACCCACCUCCCACAGCAACCCACCCUGUCUGACAUGACCAUGUAUGAGAUGAACUUCUCCCUGCUGGUGGAGGACACGCUGAAGAGCAUUGUACUGCCUGAGUACAGACAAAUCAUUGUAGAGUUGCUAAUGGUGGUGUCCAUAGUUCUGGAGAGAAACCCAGAGCUGGAAUUUAGCGACAAGGUGGAUCUGGACAGUGUGGUGAAGGAAGCCUUCAGUGAUUUCCAGAGGGAUCGCAGCUGCUUUGAAGGCAUAGAGAAACAGGAUGAUAUGGAGGCAUUCUACAACACACCACCAGUGGGAAAGAGAGGCACCUCCAGCUAUCUGACCAAGGCUGUUAUGAUCCAGUUGCUGAAAGGGGAUAUCAAGCCCUGCAAGGACGACCCAUGCUCUGUUAGCUAGAUUUACCAUGCUUUGACCCCUAAUCCCAGCCUUCUGCAGUGUAGUCAUCAAAUGGUCCGGCAAGGACGACUGAAUAUCCAUCACAUGUAUUCAGACGAUAACCUCUAACCUCUCCAAUCCUCCCUCAGCAGCACUUUACCCACUCAUGCAAGCUACAUUUUAUCUUGACUUUUGCCUCAGCAACUGCAGAAGCUUUAAGCAGAGGCUUCAAGUGUAGUAGAUUAGCAUGUCUGCAGUUUGCUCCAGGCGUUAAAAUACAUCCAUUAGUCAUUCUAAAAAUCAAAGCGUUAAUCAUUUGGGAUAAAACUCAUCGUAUCACCGGAGUGUUGCUGGUUUUAUUCCUAUACGUAUUUGUUUUGUCAGAUUUCUGCAUCCCAACUGUAUUGCACAUUUAGAUUAAUUAUUUUAAGUUAUCUUGAUUAAAUGCCACAUAACUAGUUAAUAUAUUGAUAUAUAGCUAGCAAGCUGUUCUUCUUCCCUUCAUCUUAAUGCCACAGAUUAGCAUGUCUGUUCCAAAGAUUAACAUACCGCACAUCCACGGGUUAUGUUUAGCUCAGUAGCACACAGAACCUUGCUUCACCUCUACACAUCUUUUUGUUGCCCGAGUUUAGUCUCCCAACUGUGUUGUGCGUUGAAAUUAAGGUUUUAAAAGUGUUACUAAUAAUUUUGGUGUUGCUUAAAAAUCCAUGUUAAAUGCUUUGUAUUCUGGAUAUCAGGUAUUUAGAAUUAAGGCCACUAUGAAUUCUGCUAAAUGAACCAGGCUCAGAUGUAACCGUAUAAACCGUACAUUUCAGCUCACCAGCAAUGACCUGGUCGUUAUACAGCAAUUUAACAUCCAAGAGUCAGUCAUGACCACGAGCAUGAGAGAUGUAGUUCUCCAACUGGGACACUUGGCUCCCACUUGACUCCCAGGGGCCUUAAGAGUAACUUAUCACCUGAAACAGAAAGCAGUGAAUUCUGCCCAAAAUUGAAACUUUGGAUUUCUUUAGUGAGUUACACAAUACAUUUAUUCUGCUCAAAAUAUAUAAAUGUCAGAGUUAGGUGUUUGUUGUACCUUGUUGAGUUUCUCUCAUAGGAACUAUGUGUCCCCUUACCUCUAUGCAUGCACAGUCUGUUGCAUGACAAUAGGUACUGUUUGCCAUAACCAUCAUGACAGUUUCUCCGAAUGUUAUAGGCUACAAAAUAGAGUUUCUGAGAGGCCCGUUUUGCACAGUAGGGCUCUGCAUGACAAUGACUACUGCUCAUCUGAAGUCUUGGGACUGAGGAGCCUUUAGAAAAUGUUGUUUUGUUGAAUGUGGGCAACAGAAAAGACUGCUGUCAUCCUUAGGUAGAAAUGAUGAAAGACUCACUCUGACUUAUUUUAAAGCGUGCCUCUCUGAAUAUCAUCACUGUGAUGAAUCUGCCCAACCUUGUCACUGUGUGUGAGUGUGUGUGUGUUGUUUACCGUUUUCGUUCAGAAGAAGUAUUUUUAACUCGAAACUAGUUUCAAAGAAUAAAGUUAUCGUGGAAACUA